CCCCCAACUUGCAGCUGUCCACCUCGCCCACUGCUCUGGCCUCACACUCACCUUCUACCACAGCGAUGGCUCAGUCACUGGCUCUGAGCCUCCUUGUCCUGGUCCUGGCCUUCUGCAUCCCCUGGACCCAAGGCAGUGAUGGAGGGGCACAGGACUGUUGCCUCAAGUACAGCCUAAGGAAGAUUCCUGCCCAGGUUGUCCGCAGCUACCGGAAGCAGGAGCCAAGCAGGGGCUGCCCCAUCUCAGCUAUCCUGUUCUCACCUCGGAAGCGCUCUCAGCCAGAGCUAUGUGCAGACCCUAAAGAGACCUGGGUGCAGCAGCUGAUGCAACGUCUGGACAAGCCACCAGCCCCACGGAAACAAGUCCAGGGCUGUAAGAAGGACAAAGGAGCCUCCAAGUCUGGCAAGAAGGGAAAGGGCUCCAAAGGCUGUAAGAGGACUGAACAGCCACAGACCCCAAAAGGGUCAUAGCCCAGUGACCAGCCCAGGAGGCCCCCACCAGCCUCACCGGGGCUUGGAGCCUCAAUCCAAGGAGCAAGAAGUGGGCUAGGAGAGGGGGUAGACUCAGGAGCCCCAAAACAGCCACCUCAUGCUGGCCUUGCCUCACGCCUCCUCCUGCUUCAACCAUCCCAUCUGUAUACCCAGCCCCACCCUGCAUGGCUACAUUGCCCACAUCAAGCCAGGUCCAGAAAGGCAGAGGAAGGAGAGUCUCCCAGAAAGUGUGAGAGGAGGCAGCAGGACUGUCCCCUCUGAGGAAAGGUCACCCAGGAUACUGGACCUGACCCUACUCCCACUGCACCCUACCGCUUUCUUGUAAAUACGAUUUAUACCUAACAAUAAAAACCUGUUCCAGCCUCCCACCCAA